CCAUCACAGCUGUGACAGACGGUUGGUGGCCGCGCGGGGGAUGAGGACGGCGCGUACUUGGACUUAUUGUAGUAACGGGAGCGUGAGGCACCGACCGGGGCUUGUGUCAGGGGAUGAGAUGCAAGUCCCGUCUGAGGCAAGGGGCACCCCGUUUCAAGUAUAGUAUCAAGGUGAACGGUUUUGCUGUUGGAAGUAGAGGACAAGUCAUGUGAAGAUGGCCUCCUGCCUGUUGGAUUGCCUUUGUGAAGCAGAGCUACAAAAGUACUACCCUCAUUUUGUAUCUGUCGGCCUUCACACAAUAGAGGAUCUGGCAGAGAUCACUAUGAAGGAUUACUCCUCCUUAGGUGUGCAUAACAUGGAGGACCGCAAGCGCCUCUUCCAGCUAAUUAAAAUCAUCCAGAGCGUGUCAGCUGACAAAUCUGAGACUCCUCUUCAACCCGGUUGUGUUUACCUCCAUCCUAUGAAAACCAGAUCAGGCCCACGAAGGCAGCUACACUUUGAUUCAUCUUCUAUGAAAGACAACAGACUCUUUGAUUCUUCUGAAUUAAGUGGUCUGUCUAACAACAACUGCACGAAACACAAAGGAGAACAAUGUGAAACCGCUCUACCAGCCGAUCCAGAUUAUAACGCAACAUUUUUCACAGUGCCUUUAGAUACUAAUGCCACCUGCACAGCAAAGAGCAAUCAUGCUAAACUAUAUACCGCAAAGGACAGAGCCACCAGCCUCGGUGACCAUGAAACUCCUGUUAUUCACAGAGUGGCUCAUGUGUCUGGAUACAACUAUGGAGUGCCCCAGACUUGCUUAAGGUCUAACACAUCAGAAAAAGAGGCAUCGUGGACAGAAACAGACAAAAUAAGAGUUUGUGUCAGAAAGCGCCCCCUGGGGUUAAGGGAAGAAAGACGUGGAGAAAUGAAUGUGGUUACAGUGGAAGAUAAAGAAACCAUAUCAAUAUAUGAGAAAAAAGAAGCAGUAAAUCUCAAAGAAUAUAUUCUUCAGCACAUAUUUUAUUUUGAUGAAGUCUUUAGUGAGGAUUUCAGCAAUCAUGAUGUAUACAUGAAGACUGCUCAUCCACUCAUUCAGCAUGUAUUUAACGGUGGAAAUGCCACAUGCUUUGCUUAUGGACAAACAGGAGCUGGAAAAACAUAUACUAUGAUUGGUACUCAGAAAAAUCCAGGGCUGUAUGCGCUCGCCGCGAAAGACAUAUUCCAGCAGCUGGAGUCUGUGCCUUCCAGGAAAGAUCAUUUUGUUUUGAUCAGUUUUUAUGAAAUCUACUGUGGACAACUGUAUGAUUUGCUCAACGGACGAAAGAGGCUUUUUGCAAGAGAAGAUGGUAAACACGUAGUACAAAUUGUUGGCCUGCGUGAAGUUCAAGUCAGUGGUGUGGAUUUACUGCUAGAGAUGAUUCAGAAAGGUAGCAGAGAGCGCAGCACAGGAGCCACAGGAGUAAACUCCGACUCCUCUCGGUCCCAUGCCAUCAUUCAGAUCCAGAUAAAAGAUGCCGCUAGAAGGAAGCUUGGGAGAAUGUCUUUUAUUGAUUUGGCUGGAAGUGAAAGGGCUUCUGAUGCCAGAGAAUCCAACAAACAAACUAAAAUGGAAGGAGCGGAAAUAAACCAGAGUCUUCUUGCUCUUAAGGAGUGUAUACGCGCACUGGAUCAAGAACAAGCACACACUCCUUUCCGACAAAGCAAACUUACUCAGGUGUUAAAGGACUCAUUCAUUGGGAAUUCCAAGACCUGCAUGAUCGCUAAUGUGUCUCCAAGUCACGUAGCUACAGAGCACACACUGAACACAUUACGUUACGCUGACAGGGUUAAAGAGCUAAAAAGAGGAAUUAAAUGUUCUUCAUCUUGCUUAAAUCGAGUCAGAUCGGAUGCACCAGCCUCUCCAAAACGUGUACAGAACUCUCUCUCAACUCUUGGAGAAAAGGUUUCACCAAAGAAAGUAAAACUGGGAUUACAAAUCAAUUCUACCUCCUGUUCGGCAAAACCUAAGACAUACCCUUCCGUCUUUUAUCCAGCAAAUAUUCCCCUCUCAUCCACUCCAAAAUUCAUGAGCAAGACUGCUGCAUGUAAAGGGAAUUUAAGUCAUGUGUGGCUCGGUCAUACUACUCCAAUUAAAGGGAUUGUAAAAUCAGAAAAUAAUGGGAAAAAGAAGACAGAGGAACAAUCUUUCCAGUAUAAAAAUGCUGCAAACAAGAAUUCUAGUGUUAAAAGCGAACCAGUUACUGAAACGAGAGAUGACCAACAAAAUAAAAUUCAGACUGGUCUUCAGCAAACGGUAUUGCAAAGAUCCAUACAACCAGUGCAGAAGCAAAUUGUGUCUAGAUGUGGACUGGUUCCUGGAAAGCAGAAUUAUAAACCACCUUCUGAUUGCACAGAUUCUGAUAGUGUUAGCAGACAGACAGAUAUUCAUUUCGAAUGCUGGACUAGCAAUCUUCCACAACAGAAAGAAAGGGAGCAACAUUUACGAUAUUACCACCAGCAGUUUCAACAACCUCCUAUUCUUCAGCAGAAAUUGGAAUGUCACCCAUUAAGAAAAACAAUGAAUCAAUACAAGGUGCAAGAGGUCCGAAUAGAGAGUGGCAGUCCUACUUCAGGGUCUCCGAAUGAAGAAAGAGUGCGUCUUGAAGACCUUGAUGACAGUGACUUUAGUGAAGACUCUUUCUCAUAUGCCUCCAACCCUAAAGAAAGGAGAAAGGAAGUAGUUCGUGAAAAACUUUCAUUUUUUCUCCAUCAAGAAUCACCUGGAACAGAAAAUAGAAAGGUAAUUGAAAGGGAACCUCAAAUGACCCUUGUAGAAUCUCACAAAGGCAAUCAAAACUUUAGCUGGGGAUAUGACGAUGGUUCUGGGUUCUCCGUAAACAAAGAACAAAUUGCUUAUGAUAAUUACAAUGAACGGAAAAACCUUUGGAAUUCAGUAGAUUCCAGUAGUGCCUUUAAUUUAUCAGAAGUCAGUAAUACACCUGAAAAACCUUACUCUUCUCAUGAGAAUAUAACACAUUCUGUACAGAAAGUAAAAUAUUCAUCAGAAAUUGAAAAUAUGGAGAGAAAAAAUGUUAUCAAUAGUUUAUCAAAAUUACAGGAACAAAGUGAUCGAUCAGAUUGCAUAAUGGUUUCUAAAGCAAGUGAAAAGGACAGAAUGAAUGUGCUAGAAGAAACUGCUGAACAACAUUGUGAUGAAGUGUCUGUGUCUGCUAUAAUGGCCCCUUUAAGUGUUUCUCUUCUUCAGGACAACUGGUCUGUGGAAUCUCCGUUGUCUGCAAAAUCAGAGCAUAGGGCAAAAUAUCUAAACUCUAAAGGAGUCUGGUCAUUGGAUUCUGCCGGUGAAAGAAGUACUGAUAAAUCUCCUGGAGAGAAUGUGUCUGAGAUUGUCAAACAUGUGCUUAGGUAUAAUAAAAGUUUAAAUUUGCAUAAUUCUCCUAGUGGGCUGUUACAAGAAUGGGAUGACCCUGAUCACUGUAAUUCAUUAGGCUCUUCACAAGAUAAUAAAGGUUUAUUACAAGAGGAAAACUUAGGGCUAUCAGGUUGUAGCACAAAUAACUCUGUAAAUGUAAGGGAUACUUCUUUAGCUUUUGUUUGUACUGCACAUGAUCAUCUGUUCAGUCAAUAUUAUGAUGCCGAUACUGAGGAGACUACAGAUAAUAUGACAUUUUUUAAAAGUACCCCAAAGGUUCAGAAACUUGAAGGAACAAAAUCUAUUGACUCUUUUGAAGACUCUUUCAUGUUGCCUAUUAAAGAUUCUGAACUCGAACACCUAAAAAAUAAACUUAUGAAAUAUAUGUUUGCUCAAAAAAAUGCCAAAGAACCUUUAUCAUGCAGUGAAAAUGCAGUGACACAGAAGAGUCCUAGAAUCAGGCCCUCCAUAGACAGCCCAACUUCUGCCUUGGCUACGUUAAGCCCACAUGCGAGAGCCAUUGAAAGAGCACGGCAGCUGGUUGUCCAGGCACAUCGUGAACAAAUUAAUGAAAUGACAGCUUUGUGUACAAGGGAAGAGCUGCUACUUAACCAAAUGCCAAAUUCAGAUUUUAAAGAAUAUGUGGCAAAACUGGAUGAAAUUAUGGUGCAAAAAUCUAACUGUAUUCAAAGCCUGAGAAGCCAGCUUAAGCUAUUCAUGGCUUACCCACUGACAGACGGGAGCACGGAGAGCGCCUCCAGUACCUAAUGGGAUCAUGGCAGCAAACUAUAUGAAUAUUUAAUCACCUAAAGAAUUUCUUACUUUUUUAUUUUGCAAUCUAUGGCCCUGCAAAACAUCAUAAACCAUGUAUCAAACUGUCAAUUACUGUCUUUAGUUUGAAAUUUGAAUUAAGUCUUUGAAAUGUAUCCUUGUUUAAAGCAAUUUCACACUCUGGGAAUUUCUCUGAAUAACAGUCAUUAUGUUUAAUUUUUUUUCAGGAACAAUGUAAAGUAAUUCUAUUUGCAAAUUAACUUAAUAUACAAACAGUUUUGAGAGAUGCCUUAUUAUAUUUAAUUAUCUUGUGUUUAAAUAAUGUGAAGAACAAACCGGCAACAAAUAUUUAUUCAUACACUGUAAUCCAGUAACUUUAAAGUCUUGGAAUUGUUUAAAUGACUUUCUUUCCUAGCUGUAUUGUUUUAUGUAGAUUAGGACACUGCUUCUUAAACUGGGAUUGGGACCCUGGGGAGGCCCUCGCGAGAUUUGAUGAUGCACUGAGUGUCUGUGUUGCAAGUGUGUGUGUAUGAGUGAGUCACUUCUCUAUAUUUCGCUUAAUGUGAGGUAGGCAUAUAGUUGCCAACUGUCCCAUUUUUGCUGGGACAUUCCCUGAAUUUGGGACCCAUUCCCAGCCAUUUAAAUGUCCCAGACUGUCCCUGCACACUGGUGCCUGCAAAACUUCCGUUCCUCAUGUUAUUUAAAAAAAAAAAAAAAACCAACGGUUUUGCUGCAAUUCCAAGUUCCUCUAGCAGGUGUCACUGUCAAAGUGAAGCAUAGCAGGAAACUAAAUGGUAGCUGCUUGUUUACGGAGGUUCUUGCCGUGGGGAUUACGGUGAUAACUUUCCUGCUUCUGAUUCAGCUCUAACAGGCUUCACACAGAUGAUCUUGUGGUAAGCCUGAUAGAGACUGAAUUAAUUACUAUGGAUCAUUAAUCAAUCACCAUGGAAACAUAAUGGGAAAUUGCGUGCCAGGAACUGUUUGGCAAGGGUACAGAUAUUUAGCAGCUGUAGUGAGGUGAGUGAAUAACCGUUAUGGUUGAACUCUGCUAGUUUAGAGGACAGUGAGAGAGGUCUGAGCUUUGGGGGUUUAUCAGUAUUGCACUAUUGUGUACUGCACACUCCCUUUACAUAGUCACUGUGUGACAUUUCAGCAGAUCUGCCUAGGUCAGUCGAGUAGUUUUGUAUUCAUGUUUCAGGAUCUUGACUACCUUCUACUUAAAGCAUGUCCAGUUUAAACUGUUUGCACUGUAUUUACACUUUUAGGUUAUUUUGGGUUAAUUUUUAAGCUUGAAAUAAGCAACAGUCAAUAUUUUCUUUUAUCUGUGCAAGGCACCGUUGGAAUUUUAAAAUAAAAUAUAUACAGAUCUAUUGAAAUCUUAGAACUUAAAUUCCUUUUGCAAAAGAAAAAAUCAGAUGUAAAGAUAAUGGUCAAAAUCUAAACUACUUUCUGUUAUUAGAGAAUUAAUCUUUUUUGAUCAGCAACAACUAUAAUAGUGAUCUACUAAGUAGCACUAAAAAUAUAGAAACCUGGCACAGGUCUCCUACUGGCUAUAGUGCAUAUUCCCUCAUUUGUUCUAUACCUUUUAGUUUAAUAUAUUAAGUAAAUCGAUAUGCUAGCUCACCUAGUCUAUUUGAUAGUGUAUCCCUGGUUAACUAGAAUAUUGGUAACCAGGGGUGCCCGUGGACAUAAUAUAAAAUGUGUUCAAAAAUGGAGAAGAAAAAAAGUCAGAAGAAAAAGGAAGAAGAAAGAAAAGUAAAGAAAAUAGACCAGAUAAACAAAAGUAUGUCCUAGAUAUGAAAAACAUUACCUUGAGGUUUAUAUCUUUCAAUUCUAGAUUUUUUUUUUAUGUGCAAGUUCUGGCUAGGACAAACUUUUCUUUAUCUGGUCUAUUUUCUUUACUUUUCUUUCUAUAUAAUAUGUGCGUGUGUGAUCUGCACCAUAAUAAAUAGGCAGGGCUAAAUUUUGCUAAUUAUGUGGGUUUAGCAAACUGGGCGGUACCUUAGGUGGAAAGGGUGUGGUAAAAAUUUUCAUGCAGGUAAUUGAUAGCUUGAAAGUUUCCCUGGAAAAAUAUUUUAAAUGUUGGCAACUAUGCUAAUUUUGUACCUCUUGUACUUGUAAAAAAAACAUAAACAUAAGGGAGGAAAGCAUAAUUCUGUCACUAUAUAAAGCCCUGGUAAGACCUCACCUUGAGUAUGGAGUGCAGUUCUGGGGACCGAUCGCAAAAAAGAUAUUGCAGAACUAGAAAAAGUUCAGAGAAGAGCCACAAAGCUAAUAAGGGGAUUGGAGAAAUUAACCUAUGAGGAGUCAAACUCAAAUUAGCCAAACUGAGUCUGUUUUCUUUAGAAAAAAGGCGCUUGAGAGGUGACAUGAUUACUUUAUAUAAAUAUAUUCAAGGCCCAUAUUCAGAGAUGGCAGAAGCUCUGUUUAUUCCUAGAAAAUUGAUUCUGACAAGAGGUCACAAUUUAAGGUUGGAGGAAAGGAGAUUUAAUCUCCUGCAACAGAAACGUUUUUUCACUGUAAGAGCAAUAAAAUUGUGGAACUCAUUACCAAGGAGGUAGUGAAUGCCAAUACCCUAGGUGCAUUUAAAAAUAGUCUGGAUACAUUUCUGUAUAUAAACAAAAUUCAUCGAUAUGAUUGAUAGUAUUAAAGGACAAGUCAACACAUUAGAUUUGCAUAAUCAACAAAUGCAAGAUAACAAGAUAAUGCAAUAGCACUUAGUCUGAACUUCAAAUGAGUAGUAGAUUUUUUUAUAUCAAAUUUCAAAGUUAUGUUUAUUUCCACUCCCCUUGUACCAUGUGAUAGCAAUCAGCCAAUCACAAAUGCAUAUACGUAUAGUCUGUGAAUUCUUGCACAUGCUCAGUAGGAUCUGGUGACUCAAAAAUUGUAAAUAUAAAAUGUAAGUAAAUUGGAAAGUUGUUUAAAAUUACAUGUUGUAUCUGAAUCAUGAAAAUUUAAUUUAACCUGAGUGUCCCUUUAAAUGAGUCACCUUUUAGUGGGGUUAUUUAAGAUUAACUGGAGCUUUUUGUAAGUAUUUUAGAUUUGUAUAGGUUGAACUCGAUGGACUUCAGUCUUUUUUCAACCUUAUCUACUAUGUUACUAUGUAAAUUGUAUACCCACCUGAUAAGGGGUUUAUUUCUCACUGUAGUAUAAUGAUGUGGGUCCCAGGUGAAAAAAGUUUAAGAAGCUCUGGCUAAGGAUACAUUUUACAUUUGUAUGAACCAUUGUAUUUAUAUAUAAAGAUGUAUUCCAUAAGCUUUCAAGCCCUCACAGGUAUGGUGGUUAUUUUAGGACAUCCUCACUCCCUCUAAAACUCCUUCCUCUGUCCCCAGAUGCAGAACUUAUUUUCACUUCCUGAGAUUAUUUAAUUUUUUUGUAAAAAUGUUCAGGUCAUUUUGAAAUUACAUUUUCAAUUAUGCAAAUACACUAAACCACCAGCUCAACAGCAAUGUGUUUUAUUAACUGGAGAAUAAAGCAAUUUUAUAUAAUAUAUUGAAGCAGAUGGAGAUUGCAAUGCAAACUGGCUGCAGAGAAAAUAAAAUAAAUUUUUUGUUAAGAUUUUAA